AAAACACUGAUUCAUGUCCAUCUUGAAGUCUCGUCCGUUCGGCUUAUCGGCAGUUUGAUAAGUUUCAGUUGUGUAACCGGUAAAAUGUUUACUUACUCCAAUUCUAUCCAGUUGUUUUUCCGAUAAGUCAGAGGAUACGCGUGUUUCUCUUGACUGGUCUCAAACUUUUAACCCAUCACGUUUAAUCGUAAAGUUUGACCAUGGUAAGGAAGACUUCGGUAAUCAGUGAAUAUCUUUCAUUCAUUCUCAGUGUCAAUCAUAUUGCAGUGUUCACAUGCGUCACGCCCACUAUCACAAGCCUGAGAGACAGCAAUCUAUCCCGGCAAGCAACUAUUUAAACGGACAACACCAACAAAUUCAGGAUGCUGUCAGCGGUGACCGUAAAUCUGAUCUACUUCCUCUCAGCCCUGAUCGGGUACCUGGUGUACCGCUACAAGAAGCGCUACAAUUACUGGCGGGAUCUGGGGGUCCCGUACAUCGGAGCCUCGGGGGACAUCAUUUUCGAAACGACGAAGAACAAGGCCCAGGUCCUGCAGGAUCGCUACAACGCCUUGUCGCGGCAUCCGUACGGCGGGAUCUUCCAGGCGAGCAAACCGUACCUCCUGCUCCGGGACCCGGAACUCGUGCGGACGGUGCUCAUCAAGGACUUCUCGCACUUCACCGACCGCGGGAUGGUCUUCCACGAGGAGCUGGACCCGCUCACGGCGCACAUCUUCAACCUCGGCGGCCAGCGCUGGAAAAACAUCCGCACCAAGCUCGUGCCCACCUUCAGCUCCGGCAAGCUCAAGGCCAUGUUCCCCCUCAUGGAGCAGUGCAUCCACAAUCUCAACGGAUACCUGGACGCAAAGCUGGCCCGCUCCGAUGAGUUCGAGGUGCGGGAGCUGAUGCUCAAGUUCGCGACGGACGUGAUUGGGACGUGCGCGUUCGGGUUCAACUGCAACGCCAUCGCUGACGGAGAAUCGGAGUUCCGGGCCAUCGGCCGGAAGCUGGCGCCCAACUCCCUCAAGUUCCGCUUCCGGCAGGUCCUCCGCUCCAUCCACCCCGACAUCAUCCGGUGGCUCGGCUGGAAGGGCUUCAACAAGGAGGUCGAGGACUUCUUCAUGGGUGUCACCCGCGAGACCAUCCGCUACCGCGAGCAGAACCAAGACAAGCGCAACGACUUCAUGCAGCUCAUGAUCAAUCUCCAGCACGAGGAACGCAACGCCGCGCAAGCCGAUAACGACGCUGAGCUCCUGUUUGCCGAUCACAUCGUAGCUGCGCACGUUUUUGUUUUUUUCGUGGCGGGCUUCGAGACGACUGCCACUACUCUGGCCAACUGCUUGUACGAACUGGCCCUGAACCCGGAGGUGGCCGAGAAGCUUCAGGCUGAAAUUCAGCGAGUCCUCGAUUCGCGAGGAGGCAAGCUCGACUAUGACGCCCUCAAAGAAAUGCGCUACAUGGAAUGCGCCUUGGAGGAAACUCUGCGGAAAUAUCCUCCUGUGGGCUUCCUGGACAGAGUAUGCACGAAGGCUUACGAAUUGCCAAAUUCCUCACUGUUGAUAAAAGAAAACUUGAACGUAGUGAUCCCCGUCUACAGUUUGCACUAUGAUCCGCAGUAUUACCCGGAGCCUCAGAGGUUUGAUCCCGACCGGUUCAAUGAAGAAAACAGAUCCAAGAUCGUCCCUGGGACUUACCUACCCUUCGGUGAUGGUCCAAGAAUCUGUAUUGGGAUGAGGUUCGCAAUAAUGGAAGCAAAGGCUGCACUGACUGUGAUAUUGAAAAACUAUACCGUACACCCGACUUCAAAAACGCAGAUACCUUUGGUACUUGAAAAGAAUGCAUUCAUCCUUCGACCUGAGAAGGGCAUUCAUCUGAAAUUCCAAAAACGCGCAAAGUGAUCAUGACACUUCAACAAUUUAAUUUACAACCUCUGGAAUGUAUCCAUGGUAUCCUGUUCCAUGGUGGGCUAUUUUGCCCUCCUUUACCGUCUCCAAAAGGACUCGAUGAAUUCUGCCAACUUAAUCGUAUAGCAAGGUAUACUAGGAGCACCAAGUCUUUAUUCAAUUGAUUGCGACGUUUCCUUUUUGUUAGAUUCUACUUUAGAUUUCAUGCUCAACUCAAAGCUGCAAGUUCAAGAGGCAUAAUUUCUUGUUUCAAAAUUUUAUCUCUCCUUUAAUUUUUAAAAAGUUGAAAUGAAAGAAUAUGAUCUACCAGAAAACAUUCGCUCAUUCUGCAUUCUGCAAUUAAUGAUAAUAGAACUUUUAUGUUUUGUAAUAAUUGUCAUGAGGCUCUGUCGAUAACUGGUUAUCUAGGGCAGAUUUCUCCUAAUGUUUUCGUCACUUCAAUAAAUGAGUGAAUAAAUAC